UGAGCGCCGCCAGCCAGUUUGCCAUUGUUUUAGCCAAGUUUUAGCCUUGGUUUAGCCAUGCUGAUCGCAGAUUGUUUGUAAAUGAAUUUAUGGUGACCAUGGGGCUGCUGACUCUUGCUGAAUUUCUCUGAAUCCUUGUUAACCAUCCUGUAAUGCCCCUCACCAACCUCUCUUUCUGAGCAUCUUCCUUUGUCCAGUUUGUUCCUUUGUCACCACAACCACCGGCACAAUGCCUUACCAGCUACCCUCUCUCGAGCAUGAGUGCAUCACGUCGCUGCUGGUCCACUCCAACUACGUCAAGGCCGCCCUGCAGCAGGUGGUCUCUGUAGAGCUGCGCGCGCAGAUCACGCGCCGCGUUAUCAUGAGCGGCAAGGUGACAGCCGUGCGGGUCGCGCUCAACACCUGGCCCAAGAAGACGCUGGCGCUGGGCGACCUGUGCUGCCGCGAGCGCCUCCUCUCGGACCACGCCCUGUCGAUGGAGGUGGAGAACGUGCUGCCGCAGCUGCUGUCUGUCAGCAUGGGCCGGCCGUCGUUUUCGCCGCGCCCCGGCCAACUGGGCGGCUCUCCGCUUUCCGUGGGCUUCAUCAGCGCCCGCUUCCUGGAGAUGACGCUGAGCGAUCGGCCGGGCCAACUCCGCCACCUCGACAUGACCUACUACGGCAUGGUGACGCUACCCGAGCUGGAGCCCAUCCUGGACGCGCUCUUCGAGAUCAACCGCACCGACGCCGAGGAGGGAUGCCACAUCAAAGAGCCGUUCUCGCUGUCGGUGGGCCUGGCCGUGUCUGCCGACCACGAGACCCGUGAGCUGGAGGCGGCCACCGUGAAGCUGGACUGGUUCCUGAAGAAGCAGUCGCAGCGGCGGGUGCGCUGUCAGCUGCGCAUCACCGGCCUGUUCUCCGGCGAGGAGGAGCUGCAGAAGCGCGCCCGCAGCCUGCUGAGACUCCUGGUGCGCCGCAGCUGCCCGAUCGAGGUGCUCAUCACCAACGGCUCCUCCGACUGGGGUCGCGGCGAGCAGGCCUCGCUGGUCGAGCGGCUCAACAACUUGCGACUGGUCGGCUCGGGCGCCUGCGACGCACGGAUUCCCAUGCAGCCGCGGCCGCGGCCGCAGCCGCCGGCACCCCUCCCCGUGGUGGCAGUUGUGCCGGAUGAACCGGAGGAGAUGCGGCGCCAGGAGCGCGUGUACGGCUUGGUGCUCUCCGGCUGCAGGAGGGGCGUGCCGCGCCGGAUCAAGGAGGCGUGCGAGCCGUCGGGCCCGCUGCGCUCGCUCUCUGUGUCGCGCAGCCUGCUCAGUCUGUUCGCGGCCAGCGAGCUGCACCAGCUGCAGCGGCUGACGAUCGUGCACGGCCACGGCUCGGCGCUGGAGCGGCCGCACGAGAUGGACGCGUUCCUCGACUACCUGCCGCAGCUGAAGGAGCUGCAGGUGCUCUCCAUCUACGAAGCCGUCUCCAAGUGUCAGCUGCGGAAGCUGGCCGCCGCGCUGCCGGAGCUGCCCGAGCUGCGCUUCUGCCGAGUGCUGGCCGUGUCGAUCAACCCGAUCGGUGCCCUGGCGGCGCUCGGUAUAGGCGCCCGACAGGCGCCCAUGCUGAAGAUGGUGCACGUGAAGCUGGACCGCAAGCCGACGUCCGACGAAACGCUGUCACUGAAGACCCUGACUGAGGUUCUGUCGCACCGGCUGGGCGAGCCGCGCCGCGAUAACGUCGGGUUCUACCUUACGGAGGGCUCCUACAACCCCAACGAUGUCGAGUUCAUUCCGCUGUGAGACUUCCGGGAGGUCGGAGGCUUCUCUGGGCUACCGGGAAGGCAGUAGGGGGCAGCCAGGCCUGCGUUGGCAGUGGUCACCCCGCUACCCCUACGCUGAUGAAGCGAACAGCAAGCCCAGACGGAGCUGAACCAGUACUGUGGUUCAACGAAACAGAAGUACGUUCCUCCUUGUAUUUAUCUCCUUUGGUUUUAUACUUUGCACCUUUGUAGAGUUGUACAUGUUUGACAGCGAGAGUUUUACGUUUUAUUCGUUUUUUUUUUUUUUACUUGGCAUCACUUCUUUUUAUAUAUUUGAUCGAUAUCAUUUCGUUAUCGUUUGUCCUCAUUACAAAUUCCGUGUUAUUUUUUAAAUAAUGAUUUAACACUUUUCGCGUCACGUUUUUCUCUUCCUGACACUGGCGGAUCCAAGGGACGUUUGGGGCAAAUUUACCCCUCGCAGCGCCCGAAAUCGAUGAAAAUUUGUCGUUUUUUUUCUAGAAAAGAAAAGAAAACUAAACAACAUAGGAAAAGGUUUACAUCACACUGCACAGCAACCCAUGAGCCAUGAGAAAUCAAAUUCCGAAGGGUCUUUGGAAUCAGGAGUUUUCAGGGGUAUGCCCCCCCCCCCCCCCCCCCCCAGCGUGCGAGACCGCCUUUAUGGAUCCGUCAUUGCUACCAGACAUACCUAAAGACAACCUCAGUCUGCCAAUUUGUAUCCUAUAUAUACGAUGAGUCGUUGCUUUUGAUUACCAAUCUUUUUUUUAACCAAUCUAGCAUUCCAAAAGUGUAAUAUUUGGAAAGA